GAAAAGGACAGGAAUCGACAGCAAUCUUUCGUAGAACAAAAUGAAAUAGAUCUAGAUUCUAAAUACAUCUUUAAACUUGAUAUGAGUUUAUUAGGUUAUAGAUCUAGAUCUAGCCCUAGAGGUCCAUAUUUUGAUCUGUAGAUCUAGACUCUAUAUCAAGAAUCUAAAAAAAAAAACACCAAUCAAACAAAACAACAACAACAAUAAUAUUUUAUUAAAUUAUUAGGCCUAGUAUAGAUCUAGAUCUAUAUUCUAGAUCAAGAUCUAAUAAUCUUAUAUUAAAUAUAGUAAUAAGUUGUGCGAGCGCCACCAUAAUGGCAUAGAUCUAGAAUUUAGCUCUACCUGAUGUGGGAGAGUGGCCACUGAAGCACGCGCGCUGACCAGAGGUGUGUAAUAAUGAAGUGCCUAAACAGAACCCUGAUGUUCGUCAUGGUCAUCUUCUCCAUGGUCACUUUAUGGAUCCAGUUGAAGAUAUUUCUAGGCAGUAAAGAAGGUCUGUACAAAGAUGAGAGAAACUCCUCCAAUGUUUUCCAGUAUUUUGUUCAGUCCAACAAAAUCAACGAGAUUCAGCAUUAUAAAACUUUGUCCCUCACAGCAAAUGAAACAGGCAAGACUCAAGAGAUCUACAGUGAUGAGAUGGAAGACUUGAUAGACAUUGAACUGCCUGGGACUCACACCUAUUUGCCUCACUUAAAGGGUCACCCAGAGUACCUCAAACCAAUAUUUAGGAUGUCUCGGAAUAGGUCAGGAGUGGACUUGGUUAUUGGCAUCCCAACAAUCAAGAGACUUAAUGCCAGCUACCUAGAUGACACUCUGAGCUCACUCUUUGCUAAUCUUUCUCCAUUGGAUGCUUCACAAUGUCUGAUCAUAGUCUUCAUAGCUGAGCCCUGGGACAUGAACUACUUAAAAGAAAUGACACUUGACCUACAACUUAAAUAUCCUGUUGAAUUGUCAACUGGUCUUCUAGAGAUUAUGGCCCCUUCUUUUAAGUAUUACCCAGACCUGGAUGCAUUACCACUAACUCUGAAUGAUGACAAGGAAAGAGUCAAAUGGCGUACCAAACAAAAUCUGGAUUAUGCAUUUUUGAUGUUGCAUGCCUAUAGACGAGGUCAAUAUUACAUUCAAUUGGAAGAUGAUAUUGUGACCAGGCCAGGAUAUUUUUCUACCAUCAUGCAAGCUACAGCUAAACAUUCAAACUGGACCCUCAUACGCUGCUCAGCUCUAGGUUUUAUAGGCAAAGUGUUAAAGACAUCAGACUUACCACUAGUUGUGGAGUUCCUGUUUAUGUUUCAUGGCAAUAAGCCUUGUGAUUGGCUGCUGGAGAACUUACUGACAACUAAAGUCUGUACCAAAGACAUGCUUCCUAAAGAAUGCCAGAAAGCAGUCAAUAAUAUAUCAAUAGAUAUCAAACCUCCAUUAUUUCAACACAUUGGCCUAAAGUCUUCUCUGAAAGGCAAAAUACAGAAACUUAAGGAGAAAGCCUUCAAGCUUCCAGUUAUCAAAAGGAAUAGUUUCCUGUCAGUCAAACGUGAUGUGUCUGGUGGGCCUAACCCUCCAGCCAAGUAUAUCACGAGUAGCAUCCCACAAUUUGAGAACUUCUCCAUAGAUGCUGUCUACACUGGCGUGUCGGGCUUCUGGGGUUACACACCAAUGUACGGGGACACCAUCGAUAUAGCCUAUGAGCCACCUCUCAAGAUACAUAGUUACAAAAUAGAAACUGGAUGCAAAGAGCACCCACUGGAUAUAUCUCCAGCUACCACAAGUAUUUGGGUACUUUCUGACAGCUUUAAUAGUAAUUCAACUAUGGUGGAUAGUUUCUACCAACUGGGCAACUUCAAUGACAAGGGCCUGGCUCAAGGACUGAUUAGUGCCAACUUCAGUAGCAUAAAAAUAUUUCGGAUUCGUUUCAAUGAGAAUAUGAAGACAUGGGUCUGGAUAAAUCAGAUUUCCAUUCGAGCAGCCGCUACUUAAAGUCAAUCAACAUGGAGACUUGUGAAAACUGUGAUAGAUGGAAACUAGUCAGUUGUCACAUGGUUCAGUUGGAAUGUUUUUACACUACAGUAAUAGGAUUUUCUGAAUCUCUAGUUUUACACAUAAUACUCUAUCACGACUGUCUUUCAAUUGGUGUCUUAGUUCUAUAGGACUUGAUACCAAAGAAUGUGUGAUUCAUUAUUGAUAAUUUAUUAUUUCAUGUUGAUUUCUGUAACUCAAUAUUUGAAACAGCUGGAAUGUCUGUUAGUGUUAGUGAUUAUAAUUUUUUUUAUAUCAGAAUUUCUUAGUCAUGUAUUUGGCUGCCUCUUCAUGCAGCAUACGUGCUUGACUGUCAUUUGGACUUCUCCAUGGUCCCAGGUUCAUACCCUGCCCACUGCCGUACUCUUUCUUCCAGUGGGAGGUUUCAACUAGGAAGUGGUUGUCUUCAACUCUGAAGGAACAUCGGAAAGAUGUCAAACAUUUUACAAAAAUUAAUAUCACCCAAUGACAUCUGUUAGAAAUUUGCUUUUUAGAUUUGUGCAAAAUAGUUGACAAUUUUAACUUUCUGAAUAGUUGGAUAAGGCUUAAUUUAUUACUUCUUUGUUUAAAGUUUGCCAUUUUCUGUAGCAAUUGAGGUUUUAGAGGGUGGGGUCACUAGCCCCCACACCAAACCCUCCUCCUUUCUCACCCGGGCUUGGGACUAGCAGAUGGCGGAGUUGGAUAGGGCUGGACAAAUAAAAAAUGUAAAUUGUUCACUGUGUAAGAAAGUUUGAAGUUAAUAGCUGAAUCUUGAGAACUUUUUCUAUAACACCAUGGAACAUUCUAGUCACUGGGCUGUUAAUUGAAACAUUCAUUAAUACUAUUGUUUUAGAAGAUAUGUUUUGGACCUGACUUGGACUUGUUUCUGACUAGAUUAUUAUGUCCUAGAAGGGCGCUGUGGCUGAGUGGUUCAGUGCUUGGCUACUGAACCUUGGGUCCUGGAUUUAAAUCUCGGUAAAGAAUGGGAUUUUGAAUUCCGAGAUUUUUAGGGCGCCCCUGAGUCCACCCAACUGUAAAGGGUAUCUGACUUUAGUUGGGGAAAGUAAAGGUCGUUGGUCACUGUGGUGGCCACAUAACACCCUGCUUGUUAACCGUUGCCUAAUAGAUAACCUUAACAUCAUCUGCCUUAUAGAUCACAAGGUCUGAAUGAGGAACUUUACUUUUGAGUACGUGGCCAGCACAAUGACCAUUGAGAUGACAGUUGGGACAGUUAGAGAUACAUGUUAUGAAAACUUACUGGGUAUAUAAUAUGAAAACUUAACCAUUGCCUAAUAGAUAACCUUAACAUCAUUAUGCCUAUAGAUGACAAGGUCUGAAAGAGGAACUUUACUUUUGAUUAUGUGGCCAGCACAAUGACCAUUGAGAUGACAGUUGGGACAGUUAGAGAUACAUGUUAUGAAAACUUACUGGGUGUAUAAUAUGAAAACUUAAAGGGUACAUCUUAUGAAAACUUACAGGGUAUAUCUUAUGAAAACUUAGAGGGUGCAUCUUAUGAAAACUUACAGGGUAUAUCUUAUGAAAACUUAGAGGGUAAUUUAUGAAAGCUGGACUUCGGUUUAGGCUUAAAUUUAAACACAUUUUUGCGUAAAGCUAAAAUAGAAAUUAUUGUUAUGAAUAGAAAUCUGCCGCAGGUCAUUUUUUCAACUUUUACAAAACUCAUUUCAUCCAUCCGCACACGCAUAGUUUAUGGCAUUCAUUGUAUUUCCUCCCACCCCCUCCCCCUAAUAUGACUAACCUGUACAAAACGAGAAGGUAAUUUUUUUUAAUGUUGAAAGUUGUAGUUACAGAAAUGAAGAUAAACUUACGUCCUCAGCUGCUUUGAAAAUACUGAAUGGUGUGAAUGCUAAAAUGGUCUGAAUUUUUUGUAAAUAUCAGCUAAUGUUGAAUGUGAGUUCCAUUUAAAUUAUUUUUAUAUAGUAUGUAAAAAUACAUUCGGAUAUCAAAUUUGUUAAAUUCUGUUUUUAUCUACAUAAUUAGAUCACUAAUAGUUUUAUAAUAGUCAUAAAACUGGAAGUCUUUUUUUUAUAUUGAGUUUUGGGACAAUUUGAUUUUUUGACUUUCAAAAUGAAUUAUAUGAGACUGAUAAAUUGUAAUGAUCUGCUAGGUGUAGCUAAACAUUCACAUUGUUAGACUUGAUAAUUGUUUAGUUUAACUUGCCAGCCACUAUUUUUUUUGAAAUGGCCUUGUGGUAGUCAUGCUUGACUUGCCUUAUUGGACAUAGCUCUUUUAACUUGCAGUUUUGGCUUCCCCAUAGGACUCGGUUCUGGGCUACUCCUUUCUGCCCUCUUUUGCUCCUGGUCUACUGAUCUUCUCUAUGUUUGCUUUGGUUCUCAGCCUUUCUCUUCCAAUGGUAGAUUCCAGCCUCUAUUUCAAUAGUAGUCAUGAGUUACAGAAUGUUAUUAUAUAUAUAUAUGUCAUUAGCUGUACAACUUCAAAGCUUGAUUUACCAUCUUUAGUACUUGAUGGUAAGCCCCCAGUAUCAAUGGAUAGGUUUGCACUUGUGAUUGUAGACAUGCAGCUACUGAACUGCCACGUCAUCAGAUUUGAAAUUUGUAUUGCAUGUUUUUUUUAAGUUUGUGUAGGGUGCUACUCUGUGUUAUUGUUUUAAUUAUGGUGUACUACUUGCGAGGAUGGUAUCUGGAGAUUUAGCAUGUAAACAACAGGGAGGGGGAAUACAAAUAGAGUACUUGAUGACUCACAAACAUAUUGGGAACUGAAACUUAUCCUCUUUUGCAUUAAAAGGUAGUCAUUCUUAUCUUAUAUGAUACAGACGUUACUACAAAAAAGAAGAUGAUUACGUCCUAUGCGUCAUGCAUUUAGUCAUGCAUAUUAACCAAUGACCUAAACUCCGCCAAGUCACUGGUUUUCCUGGCUGGCUCAUUUUUUUCCCUUUAUAUUAGAUUAGAUAUGAGAGAAAAUGAAUGCUUACAUUUAUAUGUAGAUAGAGGUAGAACUGUGAUAUUACUGUGACAAUACUUACAUCAUGUGUUUCUAAUUAGAAGAUAAUAUUACUGAGUGAAUACUAGUCAAAACCUUUGUAUCAAGCUUCAUUAGUUCUCCCUGUUGUACUGGUACAUUGAAACCCAAUACAAUGUUUAUGCCAUAGGAAGGGACAAUGUUUCUACAAAAAAAAAUCAACAGAUCAUUCCCUAAAUCAUCUACUAGUCUAUGUUCACAUUACUUGCAGAUUUGUUACCUGCAAUCUUUUGUGUAAGAGUUAGGAAAUGUUCACUACAUGGAGCAGACGUGACUCUUUCAAUACUUGUGAGUUUAGAUCCUCACACUGCACAUUGAAAUAUUGUCAAGAUUUUCUACACAGACUAGUUAGUUAUUGUUACAAAAAUAUGCAGCACAUUUCUGAACACGUCAUAGCUCUUAUUUAGCCAGCCAUGUUAAUUAUUUCACUACUAAAACUCUUAAAACUACUUGACAGAGGGCAGGCACAAAUGUGAAAACUUUGUCCACGUCUGCUUGUAAGGAACUUUUUUUUUGUGUAUGACUUUAACACAGACAUAGCAAUGCUUUUAUUGUCUGGGACGAUUUCUUUAAAUAUUUUUCUGAAUUGUUUUCCUUACUUUAUUUUUGUUUAAUGAAUGACUCUCUCCAUUGAGUGUUUUGUUCCCAUCCAUGGUUGAUUAGGUUCCUGCUAGUUUGAUAUCCAAUGUAUGUAUGUAACUAGGGUUCAACAUUUAAGUGGGUUUCUCUUUUGUUGCACAAGUUUUCAUUUUAACUUGCCUAAGAAAUUUUUAAACUUAACAUAUUUGAUUUGAAUGUACAUUUGGCAGCACCAAACAUAUCUGAAUAUUUCAUGUGUAUCUCAAGUGAUGAUUGAUUCACUCCACUAUCAGAAUAAAUUGUUUGAAAUUUUG